AAGACAAAUGCUUCAUUGAAAACCGGGUCUUCUCUGUCAAAGCUUUCAAUUGAAUCCUGCGAAGAGAAACAGAGCAUUAUGGAGUCUUUGUUAGGGUUUAAGGAGCAGGAGCCAAACGACGUCGUAGACAGCAAGUCCCAGAGUUUCAAGCUGGUUCCGUGGAUGAGCUGGGAUGAAUGGAAGUUCGUUAGAGGCUCUCUUUUCUCUUCAUCGCUUGAUUCCGUUGCCUUCGCGCUCCAAAGGAUAUCGACGUGGCGGAGCAGAGGGUGCAUCCCUGUGGCGGUUGACGUUACUGCUUCCAUCGUUGAGAUUCAGCAGAAAGAUCCCUUUUUUAGAAAUGAGUUGGAUGAAACUGCUUCGCAGUCGGAGGAAAUGUUGGCCAUGCUAUAUUGCAUGGCUAUUGUGAGGCUUGUAAAUGGUGUGGUUGAGAAGACCAGGGAAAAGAAUAAAAUUUCAAUAGGGGAAGCUGCUGAUGCCAUUGGCAUACCCCGAAUGCUUAUUGAUAUUCGUCAUGAGGGUUCUCACCGUGAUCUCCCUUCUCUUCAACUGGUCCGUCUUGCAUCGACAAAGGCACUUGAUUGGUUGAUAUCUUAUUACUGGGAACCUCAAGAAAAGUCCAUUCCUGUACAAAACAAUAAAACUGCCAAUCUCAGGAGAGAAAUCAAGCGCAGCCUACGCGAAAUUUCUCUCUGUCUGAAGGCGAAACAAAUGUCCAAACUCAGUUCUGCUCGCGUCAAGGGAAAACGUCUUAAGCAAACGGAACUCUUGCACGGGCACAGUAAGUUUUUAGUUCUUGCAGCCGGGAAGUCAUCGGAUUCCAACUCUACAGGUUCUAAGAAGCUGCUCAGAAAAGCAUUGAAGAAUACACUCCGCUCGUAUUCUUCAUUUUCUACUGAAGUAGUCUAUCUCCUGUUGGAAUACUUGCUAAAUGCUUUGGAAGCGUCCAAUUUACCCGAGCACUCGGAGGAUCCACAGUUCGUUGGUAGCACUACGGCAUUUGAUGACUGGAAAUCUGUUGUCGUGAAAUUGUCGAGUAAAGAACCGGAGCUGCUUAUAAUACUCAGCCAGGCAGUUCUUGAGAAGAUAGAGACCGAUGAGACCAUCAACUGUAAAACAAGUGACCAUCAAUCUCCUGUGAACACUGCAAAAACUCGUCGAUCUGAAUUGCUUUCGUAUUUAUUUGAAUGGCUCGUCGAAAAUCUGAAGACACUGCAGAAGUCUCCUGUUGGUUCGAAGGAAUCUGCAGAAGCCAAAGCCUCCAAGAUGGAGAAACUUCUCCCAAGAGCAACUGUUUUAGGAUUACUGCAGAGAUGCCUCUUGGCCUCCAUGCCCGGCAACAAGCAGCUCGUGGCUUCGGCCGUUACCCUAGCACAACUGGCCAGAGGGAGCUCGCUAGUCCAGAAACUCAAGAAGCUUGCUUUACUAGAGCAGCCAUCGGUGCUAAUCCCUAACGACGACACCCUUCUUUCGCGCCAAGAGUGCUCCAUUCAUCAAGCCAAAGAGAAGCUCGAGUCAAUCAAGCGACAACGGAUGCAGAGGAGACAUGAACAACGGGGUCCCGGUGAGGUUGGGACUAAGAGGAGAUGGAGUGUGGCCAAAUCAUGGACUCCAUGUCCCAUCGGCAUGCUGCCUCAUACGAUCGGCUUUUCAGGCACUCUUCCUGCCCUCGACUGCGUUGAGAGCCGCGUGGAAGUCGUCACGGUGUCGGGUACCAAAGAAAUUAGCUGCAAAGAGAGGAAUGGUAAAAGAGAAGCUGAGAUUAGCACGGAGAAAAUGGACUGCACGCCUGUGAAAAGGGUAGGGACUGAUGCAGAUUGUUGUGAUUCAAUUGCACAAGGCAUUAAAGGGCAUCUGAUGAUUGAUGGGGUGUGGAAGAAAGUUGAAGAGGGAGAGUUGUUUGGCAUUGCAUCAGCUGUAAAACUGAUGAUCUAACUCCCAAGAUUCUUCAAGAUUUCUUUCUUGUCUUCAUUUUUCCAUGUUUUGAAGGUCAAAGAAAUAGAAUUUCGAUUUUAGAUUGA